UUUUCUUCUUUUUUUACCCUGCCAUCUUACUGCUGCCUGCCAUUUCUUGUUAAGGUCGAACUGAAAAUUGAAUUUCUUUGUUGGUCCCUGCCUGUAAUUCCUCUGCAGCUUAUGGGCAGUUCUUGAAAUCCAAUGGUGAGCAACCUGUGAUGUGGAAAAGAGCUCUGCUACCAUGGAAGAUGUCCUCAGAGAGGCUAAUGUGACAACAUAUGGCUUGGACUCAUGCAUCAUGGGAGAAGUUUGCUAUAUCGUCCCCAGGUUGUGGAAUGUGAGUUGCCGGUGGUCCCUGCAAGCGAAUUACCAUACAAGGGACAGGACCCAGUUGAGCUGCAUCUCAAGAAAAGGGUUCGAAUCAUUUCAAGACAGAUUGAAGCUCUGCAUCUUGGACAUUUGGCUUGACUAUUCAGAAAAGAGGCAGGCUGAAUCAGCUUGGAUUAGAGAGAAAUAUCCCGAUAGGAUUCCAGUCUUCCUCAACCCCAUUAUUGCUACUACGAUUUCUCUAAAAUCUGGAUUCAUGCUUCCAUAUUCUGAUAAUAUGUAGAUCCAUGCAUGAAAUAACCUUUUCAACAGAUGAUAAGCCAAAGCUCCUCAGUCAGGCUGCUGAACAAGAUUAUGAAAGAGAGAAGCUUAAUGAAAGAAUAGCAAAACUCUCUGGUGGUGUUGCUGUCAUUUAGGUAUUCUUUAGGAGUCUUCUUCUCCCUCAAACAAGAUGGUUAUGAUUGAACUACAAAUUGGUAUAAAUGUGUUCAAUUCCCCAACAUUCUUGGCACUGCUGGAUAGGUUGGAGCCCAAACAGAGACAAAACUGAAAGAGAAGUAGAGAGUAGAAGAUGCUCUUAAUGCAACCAAGGCAGCAGUUGAGGUGGGUAUUGUUGUUGGGGGUGGUUGUACGCUGUUGAAUGUAAUCAUCAUCUUAACUAAGAAAAGUGUGAACUAGCUUAUAUUUUGAUAGAUUUAUCUUAUAUGAUUUGUGAUAUUUGGGAUAUUUUUGGUUAACAAAGAUUUGAUUUUUGUUUCUUA